AUGUGGGACAUCUAUGGAAGUAAACACCUUUCCGUACCAGCUCCAUCGCGGCCCGCCAAAGACGACGUGGACUCAGAGAACCUGGAAGGGAGGCAUCCCAACACCCACGCCGCCGUCGAAUCCAACAUAGCUUCGCAAUCUUCCGACAAACCCCAUCGAACGAUAUUCACGAACAGAAGACGAAACCACGAGUUCAUUUGCACAUCAUGCAGCUUGCGCUCGCCCCCUCCUCCCGUGUCGCAAUCGCAAUCGCAACAAGGCUACGGUGGCAGUCCCUACCAACAGCAAGGCGGCACGAGUGGGAACGUAUUCGGCGCAUACGGACAGUUCAUGAAUGAUCCCACGGCGCAAGUGGCAGCGCAGUUUGGCCAGACGGCUUUCAAGCAUGGCCAGGAGUACAUGGAGCAAAACUUCAACCGAUACGUUAACGUCAACGCCCUGAAGCACUACUUCAACGUUUCCAACUCCUACGUCAUCAACAAAAUAGUCCUCGUCCUCUUCCCUUGGAGGCACAAGCCAUGGUCGCGCAAGCAGUCCGUCGGGCCUAGCGGACAGGAAGGAUGGUAUCUCCCUCCGCGAGACGACAUCAACAGUCCCGAUAUGUACAUUCCCGUCAUGGCUGUCGUGACAUACAUCCUUCUCUCUACGCUCCUUGCUGGUCUCCGCGGCCAGUUCCAGCCAGAACUUCUCGGAUACACAGCGUCGACGGCCCUAGUAAUAGUCAUGGCAGAGAUCCUCGGUCUCAAGCUGGGCUGCUACUUGUUGGGCAUCUCGAACGAUUCGCAGCUUUACGAUCUGAUCGCAUACUCGGGCUACAAGUUUGUCGGCAUCAUCGUCACCGUAACCGUAGCCGAGAUCCUGAACGGUGGCAAGGGUACCGGCGGGUGGAUUGGCUGGGGCGUGUUCCUUUACACUUUCCUGGCCAACUCGCUGUUCUUGAUGCGUUCGCUCAAGUACGUUCUGCUCCCUGAAAACGCAGCCAACGGUGCCGGCCCUAUGCAGACUGGCGAUUCCCGAGCCAAGCGAAACCAGAGGACUCAGUUCCUCUUCUUCUACUCCUACAUUUUCACGCCAAAGCACCAAUCUAUAGAAAAGGUCAACAUGAAAAAGGAGUUGGAGAGCAGCUGGGGAUGCGCUUGCUCGGUGGUCAGACACAAGGAAGGGAUGGCAUUUCCCCCCAAAUAUGACUCGCUUUUGUUGACCUUGGUGCUUGUUGCCUAUUGUGCCUGGAACCAUCUGUCAGGAGACCCACAAAUCAGAUAUGUCAUCAGUGAUUCGCCGGUCCGAACUUGGACUGUUGGAGACCGGCCACCUCCACAAGCCGGGGUCGCUCCUCCCUCCACAGCCUAUGAACCCCCGCCAAACUUUCAACCAUCCGGCCCUGCAUCCCUGUCGCAUAUAAGUUUCGACGUCUCUAGGCACCUGUUUCGCAUCAAGGACGUCAUCCGUUCUUAUCUCCAUCCUUCUUUGCCUCCCGUCACCUUGACUCAUAACUUCAUUUCACGUCUUCAGCAAAUCAAAGUCAAGCUUGCGUACUUACAAGUCACCAUCAUGGCGCUGCCUCCCAUCGUCACUGCAACUCUGCAGUCAGCUGCCCUCAGUGGCACUUCAAACAUACUGGCCCAGGUCCUGACGGCCUACCAGACCGAUAAACAACUCGUCAUCGACUGGGUCCCCGUCUUCCAGUUCAUUAUCUUCACCCUCCUCAGCACACCGCCAAACUUCUUGUGGUGUGUCUCCCAGCGAGCACUUGUCUUUCACCAUCGCGGAUCCCUCUUCUACCUGCAUGCACGAUACGCGUCGCAAGGUUUCCUCGAAGAGAGCUUCCCGGCCUACCACGUCUCGCCCACCAAGAAGGCCAUCGCCUCGGCCGCGGCCAACGACGACAAAGCGCUCGACCGCGAGGCGCGCGAGGACCAGCUCGUGGAGCCCAAGCUCAACAUCCGCAACACGCUCAUCAAGCUCGUCCUCGACCAGACCGUCGGCGCCGCGCUCAACACGCUCGCUUUCAGCAUGUUCAUGCACAGCAUCCAGACGGCGAUGGUGCGCCCGGAGCACCUCGCGGCCGCGCAGCACUCGGGCACGUUUUUGUUUUCGCGGGGCGCCAUCGACUAUAGUAAUGUUGACUGGCAGUCCGUCGUCCACAAGAGCCAGCUCGAGUUCGUGCCCAUCUUCAUCGCUGGCCUGAAGUUGUGGCCCAUGGUCAGUCUGGUGAACUUCGCCUUCAUCAAGAGCAUUGAGGGUAGAAACUUGGUUGGUUCUCUUGCGGGUGUCGCUUGGGGUAUUUACAUGAGUCUGGUUGCUGCGCGAUAA